UGACCUGCUGAGCUACCUGUUUCAGGGUGGUGUUCGGACCAGAGAUGGUGAUGCUGGGACCUGACGAGCAGUUCACCGUGCUGUCGCUGUCCGGAGACAAACCCAAGAGGGCCAACGUGAUCAAGGCCAUCUGCCUGCUGCUGGGCCCCGACUUCUUCACCGACAUCAUCACCAUCGAGACGGCGGACCACGCCCGGCUGCAGCUGCAGCUCUCCUACAACUGGCACUUUGACGUGAAGUCUCCGGUGGACCCUGCCGACGCCACGGCGCUCUUCUCCGUUCCAGACUUCGUCGGGGACUCCUGCAAAGCCAUCGCCUCCCGGGUCCGAGGAGCCGUCGCCUCCGUGCAGUUUGACGAUUUCCACAAGGUCUGUACCACGCUGUCCCCCCUCUCCUUCUGGGUCAUUCAUGUGUUCAUUAAGUCAUGUGAUAGAGACCGAGCACGCUAACCAACAUCUGUAUCAGAGCAGGAUGGAACGCUGGAA